AUGAACGGCAACUACCACCCGCAUCAGCAGAGGCCGCAGUACGAUCCACAGCAAGAUUCUUCUCGCCAUCCGCCAUCUGCAGACCCUGUCCAGGACGCUCACCAGCUCCUCUCUGUUUAUCCUUACGCCUCAGCUACACCUGCGAACCACGUUGCAAGGCACCUCUCAAGUCUAUCGAUAUCUGCCUCCCCGCCAUCCUACAUCCAGCCAUACUCUUCUAUUCCUACUAAUACUCCGUACCAUCAACCCCGAUAUCCUCAAUAUUCGGAAUAUGCACAGGAAUUUGCGCAUAUAUUGAACUCCCAGCAGUCCUCGCAGACCGAUUCCUAUUGGGAGAACACUCGUAACGAUGCAGUCUACCAUCUUGCUGGUCAAGCUCCACUGUACAACCAGUCCCAAUCGCUCCCACAAUGGCCUCCUGCUCAAGCUCGCCCCUCGUCCUUCCAACCUACACCCUUCGCGCAGUCAGUCACUCGGCACACUUACCCAUCUUCCUCCUACCCUACCCCGCCGCCACCCGGAAUAUCUUCUUCCUCUUCUUCGCUCGCGGGUGCGCUUGGUCCUCCCCUGACCAAGCCUCAGAGGCAAUAUCAACCGCAAUCUUCACCCCAGUUUUUACCUCGACCUCAACCUCAACCUCAGUCCUCGUAUCCCCCUCAGCCAUCGCAAUCUCAGACUGCUUCCGCAUCUCAGCCACCGUCUCACACUCACUCACGCUACCACCUUGAGCCAAAGCCUGUGCCCCGGCCUCGGUCUGAACCUGAACCGACGCCAUUGGCCGAUAUCCCGUCUGUUGACUUGGGAAGCCCCGACCCUAUCGCAGUUUCACGACCAGCAUCGGAGUACGUUCUCACCCCCGGCAAGCGUAAGCUUGCGCAGUACUUCGACUCGCCCAACAAGCGCAUGCAAGUCGAGAACCCAAGUCAACUCGCCUCGCCUCGGGAAUCACGUCAGACUCUUCCUCGUCCAGCUCCAAAGCACAAAGUUCGGAGACCCAGUCUCGAAGGACUAUUCCAGUCCCCGACGAAGCCCUCCAAAACACAGGGUGCCCCUUCGCCGACCAAGAAAGCAAUAAUAACCCCGCCGUCGUCCCAGCGUUCCUCUUCAACACCUUAUGCUGCACCACCUCGUGCAAAGGCGUAUCAUACGCCUACUCCCAAGCACAAGGAGAGGCCGCAGGUCGUCAUAACGACGACGACGAUGAGCGCGAAGAGUACAGGGAAGACGAAAGGAGGCGACGAUGACGAAGACUUGGGUGGAUUCGGGAGCGACGAGGAUAGUGCCGCGCCUCAGUAUCGGCGGCCCACAGGCUCUUCUCCUCACAAGGUGUCGGUACGGAAGGCGACGGGCGACAGAGAUGCACGAGUACCGCUGGAGAAGUUCAUCACGUUCAUGGAGGACAUAUUCGAGGCCGAGGAUGCGCUGCUCCCGGACAUCGAGCCAGAAGAUCUCCCCGUGGAAUGGUUCUCUCCUCUGAGCGUGCAAGGAACCCCGCCCUACCUCCAUCCCACCCUUAUGCGCAAGCUCACUACGCACAUCACCAAAGUCGCUCGUCCGAGCAAGCGUCAACGACUUGGCCCUCGGGACGCCCACGGUGUAUCGCAAGGCGUGGCACGUCAAAACGGUCGGAUGGCAGAUGUCGAUACCGCUGCGUUGAGUCGCCUCUUGAAGAUGCUGGAGCGUAGCGUUCGGGCAGGGGAGGACCUCGAUCCGUUCCCUCCGUCUAGCGUCCAUCCGGCAGGCACCCAGAAGGCAGGGAAAGGGAAAAAGGCCAACGGGAAGAAGAGUCAUGACGCCGCGCGAGGUCGGUCUCGAUCACCAAGUGCACAAGAAGGAGGGGAUUCCAUGGAUGUAGACGAGUCCCGCUCAGAGCAGGCGCCGGUCACGGAACACGACGUCGAAGGGCUUACUCGGACGUUCGAACUCGCCAGAGACAGUGUCUUGGCUGCAGAUUGCUGCAUCGCGCUCCUGAGCAGUGACCGUUUGCCCAAACAGUUGUACUCGGAGGAACUGAUCACGGUAUCUUUGGCCACGGUAAAGAACCAGUUGACCAAGAUUCUCUAUCCUUUCGUAGAAGCGUCACCUUCGGAUCUUCAGCUGCCUAGCCUUUUGAAGGAGCUGAUCGGCAGGGUAUCCUCAGCGGACAGCGCACUGCGGCAACUCCUCACAGAGAUAUUCCAAGCAGUAUCAUCGAUCCUACCGCGGAUCAACGACUUGAUUUGUGCGGACACUAUGGCCAUGAGCGAGAGCAUCAUCAUUCAAGGGGUGUAUAUCGCUAUUGGGCCGUUCUUCGUCGUCGAAGCAGAAGGUGAAGGCAAGUCGAAGAAGGCAGCAGCAGCGCACAACGCGCUUGGCGGGAGUGCAAUGAGGAGUCUACGACUCGACGCGCUUUCUUUGAUUCGCAGCAUUUUUGCCAAUCACGAAGACCAGCGCUCCUGGAUCAUCGAAGAAAUUCUGUCGUCACUGAUUAAACUGUCGGACACGAAACAACGUGCGGGACAGUUCCGUCUCCGCGAUGGACGUUCCAUUCGGACAGUGUCCGCUCUGUUGAUGCAGCUUGUCCAAACAUCGUCCCACGAUGUUCGCGUGGAAGCUAGAGUCAUUCGUCGCGCGCGCGAGCAAGCAUCAGCAUUGCGUCGCCAAGAGAGUAUCAGCGAACCACCUCCGAAGGAGCCUCGUCUCGAUGAGCAUGACGUCGCUGAAAUCAAGUUGUACGCAUCCGGGUUGGACUCCGCCACGAAAGCCGCGAAGACCAUCAUUAUUUUCCUCACCCAGAGGUCCGGCAAGACUAAGACUACCAAGAAUUCCAACGAGGCGGAAUAUCGCGCAAUCUUCGACAACCUCAUUUCCGACCUUCUUGCAGUCCUGUUCUGGCCCGAGUGGCCUGCGGCGAGCUUAAUUCUCAGUCUCAUGUGCAAGUUCAUGGUUCGUUUUUAUGCUAGUUUAGUCUCAUCCUUGGACGACAUCAAGUUGUCGACCCAGAACGAUAACAACGCGGUGAAGACGCUGGCCCUGGACCAUCUCGGUGUCAUCGCUGCGCAACUCCGGACCAGUACCCUGAAGUUCAAACGGGAGUCUCAGCCCAACGGCAUCAUUCCUCUCGACGAGGCGCGUAGUCGUGCUUCAUGCUAUCACUACAAAGCUGACGAUGCUGCGGUUGCUCAUCAGGAGCUCCAUCACAACCUCUGUCGAAGGUCUGCAGAAGAUCAAGCCUUUGACAGCGCACGAGAACUCACAGCAGUGCUAUGGGGGCACGAGCUCGCGUUGAUGCUACAGCAUUGCGAAAAGCUGUUGUCAGAGCAUGGCGACGUUGAUCGCAAGUUGGUGAAGACCAUGGUCAAACAGCUGAAACUGGCUAUGCGAGGGGCAUGGGAUCAGCAGUCAACAGACAUCUUCGACCCAGACAACUCACAAGAGGAGAUUGUAAGAAUUGACAGCCUCUCUGAGGAGAUCGGCACCUGCCAGAACCUCAAGAAUUCUUUCAAUCCCAUCCUGGGAGUCGUGCUUCAGGCGCUCGACGCUCCCCCCGUCUUCAUGCGGACGAAGGCUCUGAAGGCCCUUGGUCAGAUCGUUACCAGCGAUCCCAGCAUCCUGUCGAAUCCGAGCGUGAGGAGAGGCAUUGAGACUCACCUGCUCGACAGCUCCCCUGCUGUGCGGGACGCGGCUGUCGAACUUAUCGGGAAGUACAUAGUGGACUCGCCCAAGUUCGCUGCAGACUACUACCAGAAGAUCGCCGAACGGAUAGCGGACACGGGUCUCGGGGUCCGCAAACGCGUCAUCAAGUUGCUUAAGAGUUACUGCAAUGUUACUGAAGACCGCUCAACGCGCAUCGACAUUUGUACGCGCAUCGUUCUCCGCAUGUUCGACGAGGAUGACACGGUGAAAGACCUUGCUGUCAAGACCAUUGAGGAGCUCUGGUUCGUCACAUCAUCGGCGGCGUCGAAGACACAUUCUACGUUCCAAGACAAGUCGGAGCUUCUCAACAAAGUGGCCAUCAUCAUGAGCGUUGCUGCCCAGUUCAAAGACAGACAGUCCCCGCUCGAAGAUGCUCUGCACCGGAUAAUGGCGGACAAACCCGAUAACGACAAGCCAGCGCUCCACCAACGCUAUGUCGAAGUGUGUGAGACGCUGAUCGACGGGCUCGUUGACGCAUCCGACCUCCCCGGAUUUACUGUCUUGAGCUGCGUGCAGACCAUCUUCCUAUUCACCUCCGCUUAUCCGGCCGUGCUCUCGGGAUCCAACGCGGCCACUCUACUGCCGUAUCUAAAGAAUGCCGUCACUGUCGAGGAGCAGACUAUCUCCGACUACUUGCUACGAAUCUUCCGAGCGUCGAUCCCCCAUAUGCCGAAGACAGCAGUCAAAUUUGGACAAGAGCUGCAGCUGGCUUUGCAGCCCAUGAUCUUGAAACCUUCGUCUGCUGCGGGUGUACUGGGUCUGCAAGAGACAGUGGCAUGUCUAUGUGCGACCGUCCACUACAUCACACACGACUUCGGCCGACCAGUUGCUUUGCUCAAGUCUUGUAACCUUCGAUUGCAGCAAUCUAUUCAGAAACCGGCCGCGCAAGCCCUCUCGAACGCCGAGCAGCGAACGUUGUCAAUCCUCUUGUUCAUUAUCUCAUUACUUUGCGAACACUGCAAUUUUGACCGUCUUCGAACGGACGAAGAGAGUGAGCCAAAAAGUUGUGGCUCGAUUAUUGAGCACGUGUACAAGUGUCUCCUGAGGCUCUACGAGAAGUACGAGGACCAAGGUCUGAGAGCUCGCAUUCUACAAUGCUUAGGUUUCCUCUUCCGCGCCCAACCGGCGUUGAUGACGGCUGAACCGUCUGCGAAGAUCAUGGACACGAUCUUUUCGUCUCCUGUCGAAGAGACCCGUGGACGAUUGUUGAAGAUCCUGCAGGACUUCUUGAUUGCCGAGGCAACGAAGCAUGCAGCCACCGAGAAAGCAUCGGCCAGCGUGAGAGGCAAGACAGUGAUCGGCAAAGUCAAUAUGGAGGAGCUGAUUGGUAACACUGAUGGCUUUGCUGACUCUGGUGUCAGCUCUGCUAUCGUUCAACGAUAUCUUGAACAGAUCCUUGAAGCUGCUCUGUCUCAGAACGGUCAAAUCCAGUCAGCCGCGGUUGACAUCCUCACUUUUACCAUCAAGCAGGGGCUUGCUCACCCUCUCCAGUCGUUCCCUGUCAUUGUCGCUCUCGAAACCAGCCCUAGCGUCCAUCUGAGCUCAAGAGCGAGCGCACUACAUGCUAUCCUCCACGCCAAGCACACCUCCCUUCUCAACGCGAGGUAUACCAACAGCGCGCGCGCUUCCUUCGACUACCAGAAACGAAUCUCAAAUGGCGCCUUAAAAGGAUAUCGCAUGAUGCCGAACCCGACUGCCUUGCUGCACCGGUGGUACACGCUAACCCGCGAGAAGCGAGCAACACGUCAAGACUUCUUGCGUGCACUUGUGAAAGUCUUCGAUGUCGAACUGGGCAAGACUACACAGGACGAUGUGGAGUUUACACGGUACAUGGCUGAGAAUUUUGCGACGUUCGAGUACAAGACACAAGAAGAGGCUCUUACUGUGGUCAAGUCCUUGACUGCCAUUCUGUCGACAGCCGGCAUGCAGUUGGUCGAGCUUCUCUCGCCGUCUCAUCUGCUUGCUCAACUUCAUGGGCCGAGCUACUCCCAGUUGGCAUCGCAGCCUCCUGAGACUCAAUUGUCCAUGUCCGAUACGGCCAUGGAAGUCGAUCAAGAGCAGUCCACCACUAUGCAAACGGACACUGUCGCUGAACCUGUUGAAGCUUCCAAGACUUCUGUCGUUGCCUCACCCGUGACCAUUCAGCAUGACCUGGGGACGCUGCGCAGCUCCGUUGUUGUCGCAGUGAUCAUGCUGCUUAAGACGCAUCUCAAGGUCCUGUACGGUCUUUCGGAAGAGAAAUGCGCGAAGUUCGUCAUUGGCAAGAAAAGCGCAGUUGGAGACCGACCGGCAGUGCGUAAGCACGAACGGCCCAUACUGUGGGACGCUCUUCCCUUCGCGACAUCCCCUAUGGUUACAAGCGAAGACUGUGCAGCUCAGACCACUAAAUUCUUGGAGGUUUGGAGUGCAGAUGGUGUCUCGGCGGAGCCCGAAGACGACACCGCGAUGUUGAUGUGA